AUGACUGAUGCCAAGGACGGCCGCCGCAGCCGCAAGGGCAAGGGAGGCAAGGGUGGCGGCACUGGCAGCGGGGAAGGUGGUGGUGGAGGAGGCGGCGGUGGGGGUGGUGGUGGCGGGGGUGGUGGCGGGGGUGGAGGGGUCGGUGGCAGCAGUGGUAGCAGCGGUGCGCGUGGUGGUGGUGGAGGAGGCAGGGGGUGGGAGCAGUAG